AGCAAGAAUGGCAACAUCCUCCCAAAACCUUCUUGAAGCUCAAGCUCACAUAUGGAACCACAUUUUCAGCUACAUAAACUCCAUGGCACUAAGAGCUGCAGUUGAGCUACGCAUACCCGACGCCAUCCACAAACACGGCAAACCUAUCACAAUUUCUCAACUGGCCGAUGCCCUCUGCAUCAACAAGGAAAAAUCCCAUGGCCUCUAUCGCCUCAUGCGAAUUCUAGUCCACUCCAAGUUCUUCGACAAGGUCACCAUCUCCGACCAAGAAGCUUAUUCUCUCACUAGAGCUUCGCGUCUCUUGAUAGGAGAUGAUCAACUGAGCCUUGUGCCACUUGCACUUACCCUCACUGAUCCGGCCUUCAUUGAGCCGUUCCAUCAUAUGAGUGAAUGGUUUCGAGACGAAUGUCCCUCUGCGUUCUUUACCACAAAUGGGAUGGAUCAUUGGGAGUUUGCAGCCAAAGAUGAGAAAUUGAAUAAAGGGUUUAAUGAGGCCAUGGCUGCUGACGCACGUUUCAUGGGCAGCAUACUUGUUCAAGAAUGCAAGCAUGUUUUUGAGGGGUUGAAGACGAUGGUGGAUGUCGCAGGCGGAACUGGGGAGGUGUCCAAGGCAUUGGCCGGGGCAUUUCCCGGGCUAAAAUGCGUCGUGCUCGACCAGCCACAUGUUGUUUCUGGCGUGGAAGGCUCUGAGAAUGUGUGGUAUGUUGGUGGAGACAUGUUUGAGUUCAUCCCUCCUGCUGAUGCAGUUUUCCUCAAGUGGAUAAUGCACAACUGGAAGGACGAAGAUUGCAUCAAAAUACUGAGAAAAUGCAAGGAAGCAAUAGCUGAGAGCAAAAUAAAUGGUAAAAAGGUGAUUAUUGUGGACAUGGUUGUGGAUGAGGAGAAGCAACCUCAUGAGGUAACUGAAACUCAUCUGCUCAUGGAUGUGCUCAUGUUAGCUCAUUAUCCAGGAAAAGAAAGAACUGAGAAAGAAUGGGCAAAGCUCUUUGCCCUAGCUGGCUUCAAAAAUUAUAAAAUCACUUCUACUUUAGGAGUGAACUCUAUAAUUGAGGUGUUUCCAUGAUUGUACACCUUAUCGUCUAAAAUUAUAUGUAUACACAAGGAAGGAGCCAGAAAUAUUUAAUAAAUGGGGCAAUAAUAAUAUACAUGAAGAUAGUUUAAAUA